AUGAACUCCCAGCCGUACUACGGCCAGGGCCAGAACCCCAACCCCUACCACGGCGGAAACAACUAUUAUCCCCCUCCUCCUCCCUCGAUGAGCCAGGUCUCGAUGCACCAUGCCCCCGGUACCCUCACCCGCAUGAAGACCACCAAGAAGCAGCUCCAGCUGACCCCAGAGGGCCACCUCGUCGUCGAGCUCCCGGUCCCCGAUCGCUGCCUGCAGUACGGCAAGUACAAAACCGGCGACGAAUUCACCCACAUGCGAUACACCGCCGUCACCUGUGACCCGAACGAGUAUCCCUCGCAGGGCUACCGUCUGCGCCAGCAGGAGAGCCGUCGCCAGACCGAGAUCUUCACUGUCAUCACCAUGUACAACGAAGACGACGUUCUCUUCCUCAAGACAAUGACCGCCAUUCAGAAGAACAUUGCCCAUCUCUGCUCCCGCAGCCGCUCCUCGACUUGGGGCGAGGAUGGCUGGAAGAAGGUCGUCGUCUGCAUUGUCGCCGACGGACGCACAAAGUGCCAUCCGCGUGUCCUCAGCACCCUUGGUGUCAUGGGUGUCUAUCAGGAGGGCCUGAUGAAGGAGUCUGUCAACGGCAAAGCCGUCACGGCCCAUCUGUUUGAGGUCACCACCCAGGUGGCUUUCGAUCAGGAGGGCAGGCUCUGCGGUGCCGAGCAGGGCUUCGUCCCUGUCCAGAUUCUCUUCUGCCUGAAGGAAAAGAACGCCAAGAAGAUCAACUCGCACCGCUGGUUCUUCAACGCCUUUGGUACGCUCCUCAGACCCAACAUCUGCAUGCUCCUUGACGUGGGUACCAAGCCUACCGCCACCUCCAUCUACCGGCUUUGGAAGGCUUUCGACCGCAACGAGUACGUCGGUGGUGCCUGCGGUGAAAUCUACGCUGAGCUCGGCACCGGAUGCGGCAAGCUCUUCAACCCUCUCGUCGCCGCCCAGAACUUUGAAUACAAGAUCAGCAACAUCCUUGACAAGCCUCUCGAGUCCGUCUGCGGCUACAUCUCUGUGCUGCCCGGUGCCUUCUCGGCCUACCGCUACGUCGCCGUCAUUGGUGCGCCGCUCGAGCAGUACUUCAAGGGCGAGUUCAUGCACGGCGGCAGCGACAUCUUUGCCGCCAACAUGUACCUGGCUGAGGAUCGUAUUCUCUGCUUCGAGCUUGUCACCAAGAAGGGCCAGGCCUGGCUCCUCAAAUAUGUCUCCUCUGCCAAGGCCGAGACCGAUGUCCCCGAUGCCGUCCCCGAGUUCAUCUCCCAGCGUCGCCGUUGGCUCAACGGCUCGUUCUUUGCCUCCGUCCACGCCCUGACCCACUGGCACUUGAUCUUCCGCUCGGACCACAACAUCCUUCGCAAGAUCCUCCUGUGUCUCGAAUUCACGUACAACUUCAUUUCCCUGAUCUUCAGCUGGUUCGCCCUCGCAAACUUUUUCCUCGGCUUCUACUUUAUCUCCAGUGGCCUUCUGAGCCCUCCUGCUGGCGUCAACGAGAGCGACUGGCCCCCGCAGGUCAUUCUCGGCAUCACCCUGAACCGCUCGUACCUCUGGCUCGACGGUAUCACCGAGCUCUACGUCGGUGCCAUCGUGCUGAUCUUCAUCUCAUCCCUCGGCAACCGCCCGCAAGGCUCAAAGUUCCUUUACACCUUCUCGAUGGUUCUCUUUGCCAUUGUCAUGAUCAUCAUGCUGGCCCUCGGUGGCUGGACCGUCUAUGUGACCCUCGACAGCCAGAAGAGUGUCUUCCAGAACCUCGAUGCCAAGGCCCUCUUCUACGCCGUCAUCAACACCCCCUCCGUUCGCGACAUUAUCAUCUCGCUGGCUUCGACAUACGGUCUCUACACCGUGUGCUCGAUCAUGUAUCUGGAUCCCUGGCACAUCCUGACUUCGAUGCUGCAGUACAUGCUCCUCCUGCCCUCGUUCAUCAACAUUCUGAUGGUCUACGCCUUCUGCAACCUCCACGACGUCUCCUGGGGUACCAAGGGUGACAACGUUGUCUCCGACCUCGGCUCCGUUACUGCCCAGAAGGGCAAGGAUGGCAAGGAAGUGAUUGAGAUCGAAAUCCCCAGCGACAAGGCCGAGAUCAACGAGAACUACGAGCGCUUCUACCGCGAGAUCAAGACCCCGCUUGUCGAGGAGAAGAAGGGCCGCGACAAGAAGACCAAACAGGAGGACUACUUCAAGUACUUCCGUACCCGUGUUGUCCUGCUGUGGCUGUUCAUGAACGCUGCCUUGAUUGCCGUCAUGACCAACAGCACCCUGUCCUCGAUCCUGUAUCUCAACAUCGAUGCCCGAACCGAUGGAUUCAACCCCUAUCUUCGUUUCAUUUUCUACUCCGUGGCCUUCCUGUCGUCCAUCCGAUUCAUCGGCUCGACCGCCUACCAGAUCCUGCGUCUGUUUGGUGGUUAA